AUUUACUAUGCGUAAAAUUAAUAUUCAGUUAAUUUUAAUAUAUUAUAUGUACAUUGCUUACAAAACAACUGUUUAUCGGAUAAACUCUAUCGGUUAAUAGAAACUUUGCGCAAAGUUAGCGCAAACUUGACUUCCUGCACAAUAAAGCUAAUUGACUGCGACUGCUUCCUGUAUAUGUAUGUUAGCUAGACUAGCAUUACUAAUGCUAAGCAACAUCCCGCUCAAGCAUCGCUUAGUUUUUAUUUUAUUUUUACUGGCCCUUGUAAAAUCAAGUUGUUAAGCUAGUCAUUAAGAAAUGUUGGCAUUAAAGAUAGAUUGGCUUUCUUGUUUCAACUACACGUAAACCAUACAGAGACAAGAGGAUUCUCUUGGACACUUGUAUUGUUAACGAGCAGCAGAGGAACAACAAACUUUUUUGUUUGUUUUGUUUGUUUUAUUUUUUUUAGGGCGAAACAAACUUUCUAUAGAUGUCGUGGUUCAGUCAAGUCAGUCAAGGCUCAGAUCAACCGCAGCCCACUGACAGCCAAAGAUUUUUAGCCACAAACAUCCUUGGUAAUCCGACAGGGGGAUCAGCCACCCAGGCAGGAACCCACGGUGGGGCUGGUCUCUUCACACCGAGUCCAUCCGACUUUCCAUCUGCUCCUCGUGGUACAGCCAGCCCUCUCAGUCUUGAAAACCUGUCCUGUGCAUCUCCGAGUGCAGGUCAAGUUAGAGAGCCGGAGCCCAUUUCCUACGUAACCCUCCAGGAGCAGCGGUGUAUCCUGAGCUGGUUUCAGGGCUGGACAGCAAUUCAGAGGGAGCGAUUCUUGCAGGACCUUUUGGGCAAAGCUGUGCCAGGCAAAGUGUGCACCCUUCUAGACUCACUCAGUACACUUCAGGUCAAAGACAGGUUACCCAACAUCUUCGAAUGCCAGCUACGCCUGUGGACCCAGUGGUUUGAGUCAUGGGGAGAAGAUGACCGGAAUCAUUUUCUGCACAUGCUGGAGGAACGGGACCCGGAAUUUGUUGCCCACUUCUACAGGAGUGUGGCUGGCACCGCAGGAAUAGACUGAACAAUGUUUACAUUUCAAUCAAGCGAUCAAGGUGGCAUGUGGUAGAGAAUGCAUAUUCUAUUAUUGGAGAACUGUGUUUAAAUUGUGAUAAAAACAAAUUUUCACUCAGUAUAA